AUGUUGGUCGUAGUCAACAGCUCCAGCUCUACCCCAGUCUUCUUGACCAGUGCAUCCCACGAGAGACCUGGCCUCGAGUUCAGAUUUCAACAACUGUGUAAGGUGAAGAUUUCUGACAAAUGGCCUGAACAGACGACUGGCAGAGGACAGUUGUUAACCUGUUCCAGUAAAUAUGGCCUCACAUUUGUGGGGGGUCCAAGUGGGUUCACAGUCCUGAAAACAGCAGAUAUUUCCCACAGAGAUGGUCAGCACCCCAAAGACAAGAGCACAGUGGUGAUAACUGACUGCCCUGUCUGGAUGAAUGUGAGCACUGCGCAGCCACCCAUCUCUCUCACCCUCAGUUCCGACGAUCAGAUCUUACUACUUGUUAUGAUCAGCAAUGACAACCUCGUCGCUUUCUUCUACACCAUUAACAGUUUCAGUCAACAGGGUUCAGCUGCUGUGGUGAGAACCAGUUAUCAGAUUGACAAUCAAGGGCUCCGCCUCCUGGACUCUGCCUGGAACCCAGCCCUGCCCCACCUACUGGCUCUCUGUUUGUCCGAUGGCAGUCUAGCCCUUCUCAGUGUUACGGACAAGGUGGUGGUCAUGGCCAGACUUCCUCCAUCCACCCAGGCUACCUGCUUGUGUUGGAGUCCAAAAGGGAAGCAACUGGUGGUUGGCAAAUUGGAUGGAACAUUCAGUCAGUAUGAUCAAACCCUGACAGAAAAAAGAGAGGACCAUACCCCAACUGUCUGGAGCCCCAAAGGUUUAAAAUGAUUGACAUCCUAUGGGAGUCGACUUACAUGUUCAUAGGAACGUUUUUAUCAUUGGACUCUGACAGCAGUGAGCAACCCUGUGCUGUCCUCAUCAAUACCCCG